CAAACUCUUUCUCCUCCUCCUCCUCCGAUCCCAAUCCCAAUCCCACCUCUCUCGAUCUUCUCCUCACAAACCCUAAUUAACUUAAGUCUCUUCCGGCAGCUCAUCUAUCUCUCAGGAUAAAGCUUCAGUGGUUUGAGAUAAUUUGGUUAGUUUUGCUAUGGCUCUCCAGGCUUCAAAUCAUCCCUCGGGAACUUCCCGUCCAGGUACAAGUGAUGCUUUGUUUAAGGAGCUAUGGCAUGCUUGUGCCGGCCCCCUUGUCACCCUGCCACGUGAAGGGGAGCGAGUUUACUACUUUCCACAGGGACACAUGGAACAGCUGGAGGCGUCAAUGCAUCAGAUUUCAGAGCAGCAAAUGCCAUCAUUCAAUCUGCCAUCCAAAAUUUUAUGUAAAGUUGUUAAUGUUCAGCUUCGGGCUGAACCCGACACCGAUGAAGUUUAUGCGCAAGUUACUCUGCUACCAGAAACUGAUCAAAGCGAGGUAACAAGCCCAGAUCCUCCUCUCCCAGAAACUCCACACUGUACAGUCCAUUCAUUUUGCAAGACACUUACUGCUUCUGACACAAGCACACAUGGAGGAUUCUCUGUCCUUCGGAGGCAUGCUGAUGAUUGUCUGCCACCACUGGAUAUGUCUCAGCAGCCUCCAUGGCAAGAACUAGUUGCAACUGAUCUGCAUGGAAAUGAAUGGCAUUUUCGGCAUAUCUUUCGAGGGCAACCUAGGCGCCACUUACUCACAACUGGGUGGAGUGUUUUUGUUAGUUCCAAAAAAUUAGUGGCUGGUGAUGCGUUUAUAUUCUUAAGAGGUGAGACUGGGGAGCUGCGUGUUGGUGUCAGGAGACUCAUGAGACAACCAAGCAAUAUGCCAUCUUCUGUUAUUUCUAGCCACAGUAUGCAUCUUGGGGUCCUAGCUACGGCAUCUCAUGCCAUUGCAACUGGGACACUUUUUUCGGUCUUCUACAAACCAAGAACAAGUCAAUCUGAGUUCCUUGUAAGUGUCAACAAGUACCUUGAAGCUCGCAGUCACAAACUCUCUGUCGGAAUGAGGUUUAAAAUGAGAUUUGAGGGCGAAGAAGUUCCUGAAAGAAGGUUCAGCGGCACGAUUGUUGGUGUUGGGGAUAAUACAUCACCUGGAUGGUCAAAUUCUGAGUGGCGAUCACUAAAGGUCCAAUGGGAUGAACCCUCAUCUAUACCGCGGCCAGAUAGAGUCUCACCUUGGGAAUUGGAGCCACUGGUAGCGACUACUCCACUAAACUUGCAACCUGCAUUGAGAAACAAGCGGGCACGAGCUCCCGUCUUACCUUCUUCAACCCCAGAUCUUUCUUCACUGGGUGAGUGGAAAUCCCAAGCAGAAUCUCCUUCGGCUUUCUCAUAUAAUGACCCACAGCGUGGUCGAGACCUCUAUCCGUCACCCAAGUAUAGUUCUGCUUCAAAAGCUAAUUCUCUUUGUUUUACGGGCAAUAAUUCUCUAGCUGCUGUUUCUGGGAAUCCAAUGCUUUGGUCCAAUCGAGUUGAAGCUGUAACGGAGUCUUCUUCGCCUGUUAUGAAAGAUUCAGUGGAAAGGAGACAAAGCACUGGAAAUGGCUAUAGGCUCUUUGGAAUUCAGUUGCUUGAGAACUCUAAUAUAGAAGAGACUUCACCCAUGGUAGUGUCUGGAAAGCUGGGGGAUGUUCAACAAAUUUCUUCAUUUGAUGCUGAAUCUGACCAACACUCAGAACCAUCAAAUGUCAACCGAUCUGAUCUUCCUUCAGGAAGUUGUGAUGCUGAGAAAUCUUCCCUCAGAUCACCUCAGGAAUCGCAAAGCAGGCAAAUUCGGAGUUGCACAAAGGUUCAUAUGCAAGGGAUUGCAGUAGGAAGAGCUGUAGAUUUAACACGUUUUGAGGGAUAUGAGGACCUGCUUAAGAAACUGGAAGAGAUGUUUGAUAUUGGAGGUGAGCUGAGUGGAUCUACCAAGAAAUGGCAAGUUGUCUACACUGAUGAUGAGGAUGACAUGAUGAUGGUUGGGGAUGACCCAUGGCAUGAGUUCUGCAGCAUGGUAAGGAAGAUUUUCAUCUAUACAGCGGAGGAAGUGAAGAGGUUGUCACCUAAGAUAAAACUUCCAGUAGGUGGAGAGGCUAAACAAGGCAAGCCAGAUUCUGAAGCAGCUAUUAACACGGAAGACGGGUCAUCUAUCGUGGGGCCGACAUAUUGAUAUCCCAGCACAAAUCUAGCUAUAUGAAGAGCAUGGAAAGAAAAAAUUACCGGAAGAAAUUGAAAGUUCGAAACAUGAUUACCUGAGAAUGUCUGCUAGGAUGAUGAUAUGUAUGGAUGGACAAAGUAGCCAUGCCGGAAUAACUGGUACAGUUAUCCAACAUGUUGAAAUGGAGGGAGUGCAACAUGGAGUCGCUGCUUGCGACAGCUUACGGUUGUUUUGUUUGUGAAAUAGUCUAGUUUAGUGUAUCCAGGAGGAUCUCAUGGUGGUUGCAUGAAUGGGCACCUGAAGCUACCAAAGUUUUUCCUGCUGUAUGAAAAUGAGGGGUAUAUGCUCUUCAUCCUUUGCUGUUGUAUUUUUGUUUGUUAUCAAAGACAUGUUGUAUCGAGCUUUUGUACAUAAAUAUAUAGCCUCUU